CUUGUGUUUUGUAGAAAAGAGCAACUAGGACAUAAAUAUCUCAUGAAAAUACGUCAUUUGUUGUUCCGUGGAAGCAUGAAAAGUUUGAAUUACAUUUGGGUGAGAUAUGAUCAUUUGGUUGAGUUAUUCCUUUUAUGUAAACAUACUGUACAAACAUUCAGACGCCUCAAUGUUUUGUAAAAAACUGUUUCAGACGCACACGCACACAUACUGAGAGACGACAUGUCUAGUGGUCUGUGAGGCGGAGAUGGACAUGGUGUUCUGUCGUGUGGGUAGACACACGUCCUGGGACACAGGAAUCAGGAGGGGGUGUUUUUGUGCUCUGUUUUAGUCAACUUCCUCUCUGUGCCACAGAACUUCCUGUGUUGGUUCCGUGAAAGGAGGCCCACCAGUUUCCCCCCAGCGGAAUGAGUGUGUGCCUGUGCACGUGGGUGCUCAUCUUACAUAUUGCAGGUUCAGUGGGAUUUCAGCAGGACCGGUUUAUCCAGGGGAGAACUGGUGUUUGUGUGCUGCGUUUUCAAUCUGAUGUGGCUCUCCGGGGGGCUCCGGAUGAAACUGGCUUGACGAGGAGACCAACAGCAUCACUUGAUUGGCAGGUGACGUGAUUGACAUCCACAAGGUGGCACGAGGAAGACGAGUGAAGAGGCAGGUGUGCAGGAACACCAGCAUGGCUGUGGAAAGCUUUCCUGAACUCCUGCAGAAACUGCGGGAGGUGCAUGAGCAUGAUUUAGAGGGCUGGCAAGAGAAAGUACUGGAGCUGACAAAUAAAAAGAAUAUCGAUGCAAAGCGCAUAGAAGAACUUUACAAUAGGAACCAGCAAAUGAAAGAACAGCAACGGAUUCUUACUGAGAACAUCAAACAGCUGGAGAACAGGUUGCGGGCCGGGUUGUGUGACAGGUGUACAGUCACUCAGGAUGUUGCUAAAAAAAGACAACAAGAGUAUGAAAACUCCCAGCUCCAGAGUCUGCAGCACAUCUCUCUACUUGUGAGUGAGAUGAAUGCACUAAAGAAAGAAAACGACAGACUGAGAGAGGAGCUGAAGGGCUUGAGGGAUCUUUCAAAUCAGCAGAAUGGUCAUUCAGAGGACGCAACCACCCCGGAAGUCAAGAUGUCACCUGACACAGCAGUGGCUGCUGUGACUUCACUGGCCUCAGGGCUGAAGUCCAGCCAGCCUCCACCAGGGGACGCCACUGUACAUGCAGCGACUGUCAAACGUGAGAAGGACAAUAGCCCAACUGACAUCCUGGAGAAAGCUUCUGAACACAAACGUAUGCAAAGCUGGGGGAGGGCGUUUUCAUUUGAAUCGAGUAAGCCAAUGUUGCCCACCUCAAGAUGGGGCACAGAGCACAGUGCUGAAAGAAGAACUUCCAGCGUGGACUUGGUUGAGCACAGACAUUCCCCUUUGUCUCCUUCUCUUCCAUCUCCUCUUAGUCUACUGAAGAACAAUCCUAUUUUUUCUUCUGUUGCCUCUGAGGAACGUAGCAACCGGCAACAAAUCCACGCCCCUGUCCCCUUCCGGCCGCUUCCGAUCAAGACCGGUCGCCUGUCUAUCCCGUGGUCGCUCUCAGAAUCUACUGACUGGGUAACAUUAGCAGCGGGCGGCUCCGGUGUUGGUAGUGGGAUAGCAGUUCACCCAAGCCACACACCAAUUCCCAGCUCAAACAUUUUGCGAUUCCCAAAACUGAUCCCAUCAAGCAGCGGCCUCCAGUCUCGGACACAUUGCUCAACACCAAGCGGCCUGCGGUCCUGGUCCCGCAGAAACCUGUCAGACCAUGCAGAAAGUAGAGAAAAGAGAGUGACAGAAGCUGUUACAGCGCCGCCCCAGUGGAAGGCUUCAGCAACGCAGCCAGAGAGGAUUUUUGGAGAGAAUCUGAGAGAGGAUGAAGAGGAAGCUCCGUUAGACCUGUCUGAGUCGGGACGUUCAAAAAGCAAAGAGAAAGAGAACACACACUCACAGAGCGAUGCAUCUUCGUCUUCAUCUUCCUCACCACCUGCUACACUUUCAUCAUCAUCUCAAUGCCCAUCAAGCCCUCAGAGUGACCAGCAGACAGCAGACAAUAAUACACAGCAGGAGGAAACACAGGAAACAUGUAAGGAGCAGAAAGAGGUAAAGGAAGGUGAAACAACUCCAGCAGCUGAAACGUCUGUCAGCCCAGAGAAGAAGAAAAUCCCAACACUAACCAUUUCCCUCCAACCAGUUGUGGUUAUGGAGUCCCUUAAAACAAGAGGACAGGUGUCUGAUCCUGGAAGCAGACUGGUGGAGCAAGAGGAGAAGGAGAACAAUAGCCUUGAAGCAAGCAGAAAAAGACCUGGGCAGGAUACUGAUGCUCUUUCCCAGCGCUCACUAAAGGAGAGGAAAAUACGGCUGUGCAGGGGACCUCAAGGAACCCAUGCAGACUCAGAGCAAGGAUGUUGAAUUAUUUUUCACUGUUUUAUGUUGAUUGGCUUUGCUUAGUAUUUUCAUGAACAUUUUUCUUCAUAUAUUUCUUUAUAUAUAUAUAUAUAUAUUUCUUUAUAUAUAUAUUUAUUUAUAUAUAUAAUAUUAUAUAUAUAUAUAUAUAUAUAUAUAUAUAUAUAUAUAUAUAUAUAUACACACAGGCACUGAAUUUAACUAUGAUGUAUGAUCUGCUGUGGUUAUUAAGAUAGCCUUUUUUUCACCCUUCACCACCAGUUUCCAAGCUCGAAUGUCUGGUGUUCGCAUUAUUUUUCCAGAAAAACCAACACUAGACUUCAGCCGCAUCUCUUAUCAACAUAAUUCUAGUGUAUCAAAUAUAAUACAUACUGCAGCGCAGACUAGAAUUAAAUAAGAUCUAUUUUCAUCAUGUUCAAGCUAUUUCGUUCAAACUGUAUGUGGAUGGAUUUUUAAUUUGUAAUUUUAUUGUGUCGAUUUCCCAGAAAUCAGCUCUACCAAAACAGGAAGCCAGUUGUUUUUACGAAGCCAGUUGUUUUUACUGACAAGGGGACUGUUAAUAAACUUAUCAGCUAUGUUUUUUUAUUUCCCUAUACUUUCUUCUUCCUCUUUUAUACCAUAUCAUGAGUUUUUAAUAAGCACAUAUAACAUGAGUACAUAUAAUUGCUUGCUGUCUUGUGUUGUUAUGUCAACACUCAGUUUGUGUUCAUUCUCUCUUCCGUGUAAGAGGUGUCGCAUCUCAUCUAUUUUUGUCUCUGAGCACUACAGCCUGCUUCUUGUAGAUGUGACAAAAUGAAAAACCCUCGGCUUCCCCUUUUGGUUUUUUUGAGAUGUCAAGCAUAUAUUUUGUAAUAGUGAAUUUUCCACUUGCAGCUGUAAAAGCUUUCAGAGUGUAAAAGGAGGAAGGGUAAAACUGUGAAGAAGAAAAAAAGUAUACUUUAAAAAAAAAAAACUUUCUGUACCAUUGCUUCAAACUAGCUGUAAACCUUUGCUUUGCACAAUUUUUUAGAUACUUUUAGAGAUAAUCUGGAGAUCUAAUAACUAAAAAUGCAUCACUUUUUAGACACUAGAAGGACAUAACUAACAACUAAUGUCUAUCUAAAUAAAUACAAAUGUAAGUGCAUUGCAUGAACAGAUGGCUGCAGUCGUACUUUGUGAACUAUCACCUGUAAUUGGUUUAGGAUGUGGGGAACACCUACACUGUUGCAGGAAGAGUGUAAAUCGUGAAGAGCCUGAGAGCUUUGAUUCACUGGAACAAUUUAGAAUUUUCACUUGAACAUGCCAGUCACCACAACUCUUAGCUUGUUACUGUUGUAUACUGAACAAAGGUGUAUGAGUUUAAAGUUACAAAGGUAAAAAUCCAAAUAAAAACCACACCUGAUAUCA